AUGGCAAGUGAAGAGACUAGCAGAAAGCCACGUGUAGCGAUAUGUGGAGGAGGUAUCGGCGGCCUUUGCCUCGCCGUCAUGCUCUCGAAUCUCUCCCACCUAGACGUGCGGCUCUACGAGUCGGCGGGUCAGUUCAAAGAGAUUGGAGCUGGCGUGAUGAUUUGGUCGAGGACUUGGCGUAUCUUGGAGGAUAUGGGUCUGGCGAGUGAGUUCGCGAAGAUUGCCCAUGCACCGCCGACGGGAGAGAUGGGUGUUGGGUUCGAUUAUCGGAGGUCAGACCAACCAGAGGAGGGGUUUAGAUUCAAGCUCGUCGAAAUGCCUUAUGGUGUACACUUUCUCGACGUCUUCGUCAACGCUCUCCCUCCAGGAAUCGCGAACUUCGGCAAACGUCUCGUAUCCUACAAUCACCAAGUCAUCCGCCUCUCCAGCCCUCUCCAACCAAUAUCUCUCCAGUUCGCCGACGGUAGCAUUUCAGAAUGCGACUUGCUCAUUGGCGCGGAAGGGAUCAAGUCGGGAGUCCGAGCGCAGAUGUACCGCGAAGCGGCUAUGGCGAGAGGAGAUCUAGGUUUGCUGGAUCAUAUUAGCCCGGUGUGGACCGGCACGAUUGCGUAUAGAGGCUUGUAUUGCGGAAAGAGCAAGCACGUCGUCAGUUACUCGAUCUCGCAAGGAGACAUAGUCAACAUCGUCACCUUCACCUCCCGACCAGAGAGACACGGGGAACCAUACAGCGGAGACUGGGUCGUGAACUGCGACAAGCAAGAGCUCCUAGACUCCUAUGCAGGCUUGGAACUUGGGAUCCCAUCCUUCGAUCUGUCGCUCUCAGAAUCACAACUAAGGGUGCAUUUGAAUCAGGAUGCGUUCAUUCUUGCCCGCUUGCUCUCCAAGGCGAUGCGCCCGACACGGGAUAGCCUGUCCGCUCUUCUAAAGGCGUACGAGGCGGUCCGACUGCCCGCUGCCAAUGCUGUCUUGCGGGGGUCGUAUGAGUCUGGGCGGAUGUAUGAGUUUACUUAA